AUGGCAGAUCAUCUCCCUCGUUUUGAUGUUUUCGAGCCGGUCACUGAGGUUGCACUGAAACCGGUAGUCACCAAUUCGCAAAACACCAAAGUACCUUUGUUGGACAGUACUCACGAGCUUCAGAUUCCGGUUGGGUUAAAACAAGACCUUGACAAGUAUGUGAGACUUCAAGAUGGGAUCAAAAUCCUAACCAGGGGCGGAGUAAAGAAUUUGGAAACACUGGAAAAGGUCGGCACUGAGACUAUCAAAAGUGACAACGUGUUGGACAAGGCACACUCGACAAUAGCUGCGAUGUUCUCGAGUCUUCCCGACUCUAUCACUGACCGUCAGGCCGUCGAUUUGUAUGAACGACUUGAAACCAACUUCGGUACGUCAAGGCUGGCAGGAAUUCUUGAAAUUGCCGUACAUCAGAAGGGCUCUGUUUCCGUUAACAAACUUGUUGACGUCCAGUUCCAGCGUCUCGAGAACGACAACUUUUAUGAUCGUGUGUUGGAAGAACUUACACAGCAGUUCAGUAGCGAUAUUAUUGAUCAUUUCAAAGUGUCACGCUCACGUUUCAUGUCAAGAGGCGACUAG